AUGUCUCAAUUCAACCUUGGCUCCGGUAUCGCAGUUGCCGUCUUUGUUGGGGUGAUGUAUGAUUGGGCACUCACAUUCGCACAAGAGGUCGAACUCAUCUGGAGGCAACGCUGGUCCAUAAUGACAGUGCUGUAUCUCAGUGUGCGCUACCUUGGAAUCCUAUCUGUUGCCCUUGUUACCCUGAGCAGUCUUCCGACCAUCUCGCUGACAGAUACAUUCACUAAUGGCUGCCCGCUAUGCUACCAAAGAUGCUGGAUGAUGUACACUGUAUGGAAUUGGACGGUUUUUGUGGUAUUUGCGAUGCUGUGGGUCAUCAUCAUCACUCGGUUGCAUGCCAUGUAUCAACGAGACAGAAUGAUUCUGAUAUUUCUCGUUGUCACCUUCCUGGCGAUCAACACUUUCAGUGGAGUGACAGCCAUAAUUUCAAUGAUGCAUCCCUCAGGAGAGGAACUCAUUCUCUCCGGCACCUACCAGUGCAGGAUUAAUUAUACAGGAGAUACCCUAGUUCUGUAUUCUGCUGCUUGGAUACUCUACAUUGUGUGGGAGGUCCUCACACUAUGUCUCGCAGUCUGGAUUGCGGUAAAGCACUUCCGUGAACUGCAGUUACAUCCGGCAAGAGGGAUUAUUGGGGACUGUUUUAUGAUAUUGAUGAAAACUCAUGUGCUUUAUUUUGCGAGCUUUGUUGCUGUCUCUUGCUUCCAGCUCUUUAUGGAUUUCUCUCCAACAUCAUCAAAUAGCCAAUUUCUCCUAGAAGGUCCUUUGUCUGGCUUGUUUCAGAUUUUGGAGGUCGUGCAGAUGUUCGUGCUAGGACCACGGCUGAUCCUUGGCAUUCGAGAAUAUAAUGCUGAACUCGUGGCUGACUCCGACGCAGCAACUGGCAUGACCUCAAUCGCUUUCCAAGAGCGUGUGCAUAUAUCGACUAGCAGUAGUGUGUAA